AUGGCAUCUCGCUUCAUUGUUCCGGACUCCAGUCCUCCAGCAAGCCCAGCGCCAUCGACCCCAGACAAGAGCGGCCGCGGCACAGGUUUUUCGUUUCUUGCCGAUAAUCCUUCGACGACUCCAGCUGGACCACCUCCAUCUUCAGCCGCUUCGUUCACACCCGCGGGUGCCCCGUCUGAUUCAUACAUGGGAAGCUCUUUCAUGCGUGGAAUGACUGAUACAAAGCCUCUGAGCUUUGGCGUGUCCAACAACUCAUCCUCAGGAAGAAAUCUUUUUGGUCGCACAGGCGCCUCGAGUAACCCGCUUGGUCGAUCCAUUAGAGGACGACAGCCUUCAGGAUUGAGCCGCCAAUUCAGCGCGGCGGACGAGGAAGAUGAGGAUCUAGACGAAGAUCAAGAUGCUGAAGGAGAUGUGGAGCUCCCACCCCCACGAGUUAACCUUUUUCGCAUGUCUACUGCUCCAGACGAACGCCUCGAGGAUGACGAAGUUGACGCCGAGAUCGAACGCUACAUCGACCAAGACAUUGCCGGUGAAGAAGAUGAGAGAGAAAGCUAUGGGGAAGACGACCAUGUUUUCGAGCGCGAAGAAUCCGAAGAACCCGAUAUGUUCUUGAACAUGAGACAUGACGAUCGGCCCUAUGGCCAGCCUAUGAUUGGCGAUGAAUCCGAUCUCAUGAUGCUCAACACACCAGCCGCGACAAAACGAGUGCGUCAAGAAGCGGAGAGCAUUUUCAGACAAACAUCAGCCCAUCUUGGCAUGUCAGGGCGCCAUGAGGGUUUCCAUUUUGCAUCGAUCGCCAAGAAUAUGUACAGUCAGCACGGACAUGCACAAAUUAUCGAACCCGCAGACAUGAUCCUCGAAACCGAAGAGCUCGUAUGCAGGCUAUACGAAGAGGGGGUUGGACCUGAGGAUGACGUUGAGAAGAUGGAUAAUUCUUUGUCUAACAUCACAUUCCGCCUGAUUGAUCUAUGGAAGAAGACUAUGAGUGGACUGCCACAACCAGAAGGAGAAGAUUUUGCAACCAUCGGUCCUGGUUUCAACAGUGACCCAUUUGAGAAGGCCGCCUAUGUCGCACAACUAAUACUUCGAAUGCAUCACACUCGCUUCGGCACCAAUACCGACGAGGAGAAGACGCCACCGCUGCCCGAAAUCCUCUUCAACUGGAUGCAUGAAAAUCAUAACCUGUACCCUGACCAGGUACGUGAGGUCAGCCGCAACAUACCAAGCCCUGCAUGCCAUCCUCUAUUCUGGCAGACUAUCCGGUGCUCCUUGCUGCGAGGUGAUGUUGGCAGCGCAUCCCAUCUACUGAAAGAAGCUGGUUGGCAGAAUGUUCGCCGAGGACCUAGAAGUGACUAUGCGUACACGGGCAAAGCUCUUGAGAAUGUGAGACGCUUUGCCGCUGCCACUAGCGAAGUCCUGGAUCAGUGCCCAGGUACAAGAUCAGAGUGGGACAUCUGGAAUAGCAACUGGACUCUUUUCCGAAUUCAGGCUCGCGGAUCUCUGAAUCGAAUGACCCUGUUCGCCGAAGGAAGGGAGCAGGAUAUCCAGGAUUUAAUGGACGACGAGUUUGCCCCCCAACAACAAUCACUAUCCACAAUGGCUCGGAAGGCCUCCAGCCAAAUACCUUGGGAUAUCUACGAGAACUUACAAACCGUGUAUGGUAUCGUUCUUGGUAACCAUGAGGCCAUCCUGGAAGUCGCCCAGGAUUGGUGUGAAGCGACGAUAGGCCUUUUUGGGUGGUGGCAUGAUGGGAAUCAACGCCACAAGGCCCUGAGACUUUCACAAUCGCAGUUACUGCGGGCAUCAUCUCGCUUCGCUGGCUCGGAAGACUACUUUGAUCGACUGGCAACUGCUUUUCACAUGGUUGUGCAGUCAGAUCUUAACCCUAAUGUUUUAAACCCCGUCGAAGUUGCGGUAGCCUCCGCUUUCGAAGGAAACGUCAAUGCCGUGCUGGGAUUCCUGAGGAUUUGGUCAUUGCCAGUGGCAUGUACUGUGGCAGAAGUCGCAUCUCUAGGCGAAUGGCUCCCCGCUCCUACCGGACCCAACCUGUUUCCCACCGACAGUCUGGAUAUGGACGAUCUCGCGCUACUGGGCGUAACUCAACCAGGACCCGAUGAACUGGAUGGCAUCAAAGACACAACUCUUGUCCUGUACGCUAGGGAACUGGCAGGUAUAGAGCAACUGUCACCAGAGCGUGAUGGGUGGGAAAUGGCCAUACAGGUGUUGGGUCGAAUGGAUUCACCCGAGAGAUCAGAGGAGACAGUGGGUGAACUCCUUCGAGAUCUGCUUGCUACAUUAGACGAGAACUCAGGACGGACGGUGGACAAAAUUUGGACAAUACUGAAUGACCUCGGCAUGAUUAACUACGCUGAGGAAACAGCAGAGACAUUCGCAGAGAUCCUUUCCAAGGAGUCUCACCGCUACGGCGAGGCUCUCUGGUACUAUGCACUCUCCCAUCGCUCAGACAAGGUCCGGGAGGUGCUCAAUCUACUAAUGUCCUACUCGCUUGUUCAGUCAACAGUCUACCCCUCAGAGAAGGAUCUAGAUCAGGAUCUCAAAGAUCUAUUACGAAAGCGAACCGAGACCCUUGAGAAACGGGCCAAGCAAGAUCUUGAAGCUGCUCAACUACUUGGCCGAAUGCUCAGCGGUUACGCCACAUUACGCAAGUUUUACGAACUCCGCGAUGCUGAGGACCUGGAGAAUAUCUCGCCCACAAAGGCCCUCAAACUGAAAAAGCAAGCGGCAUCUGCAUUAGUUGCUGUUAUUUCAAGUUCCGACGACAACAUCCGUGGUGGACUUUACGACGAAACGCGGGAUGCAGUAGUCAGCGAGGAUUUCCUCCUGGCCCUGCUGGGAGAGGCCACUGUCUUUAUUAAUCAAUCCCCAGCCAUCGUCACACUCCCUCAGAUCGAUGUUCUGCUCAAAGGCAUCGAGGAUUUACAAACAGUUGGUGAUCGAGUCUACUCGGCGUGCGACGAUUUCUUCAAUCUUGUAUUGGCAUCAGCCCAGGGGCUGAAGGGCUCUACACCACAAGAUCUAAUGGCCAAAUCGACAGCCUCUCUAGGAGGAAGCUUCAUGAUGACCGGAAGCUCCGUGUUGGUGAAUCAUCUGCACAAGUCGAUCUCGGCAGGAACAAAGGUCAAUAGAGGAUGGGACUGGAGGAAGGGUUGGCUUGCAACAAGCAAGGGCGAAGACGUUCUUCGAAAACUUCGAUUAGGAUUGGCAAAGGACCUGGCGACACUGUGGCUGGAAGACGCAGAUGGUGUCGUUGCCUACUAG